AAAACUUUUGACCAAUCAGAAAGCGUUUUACAUGUUACUAAACUUAAUGGAUCUUAGCAGUUUGAAAGCAGACUGAAAAUGGGUCUGGAUCAUGAAUAAAUGGAGAGAAAAACUCAGAGGGUAGUUCGUUCCCCCUCGUUGAAGAGGAGGAGUCGUGUUAUCCCAUUAAAUCAACGUGUUCAACUUGAGCGUGUUAUUGGACUUACUGGAAGUUCUAAUGCUACCCUUGAUUGUGAUAUCAACACAGGAACUAUCGCCUAUCCUGCAGGAUGUGUGGUAGUGCUUCUAAAUGGAAAGAAACAAUCACAUAUCAUAAACUCUUGUAAAAAGACAAUCACAGCCGUCAAGUUCUCUAAAGAUGGCAAAAAUAUUGUCACAGGGGAGUGUGGUCAUCAGCCUGCAGUACGUGUAUGGGAUGUUGAAGAAAAAAUACAAGUGGCCGAAUUUUAUGGACACAAAUUUGGCAUUAACUGUGUGGCAUUUUCUCCAAAUAACAAAUACAUAGUAUCCAUUGGAUCUCAGCAUGAUAUGAUGGCUGCAGUCUGGAACUGGAAAACUGGCAAUAAAGUGGCAACAAAUAAAAUAUCUAGUAAAGUUAGUGCUGUAGCAUUCUCAGAGGAUGGUUCCAUGUUUGUGACAGUAGGCAAUAGACAUGUUAAAUUCUGGUACCUUGAGAGUAGUAAAUCUAAGAUAUUAAACGAGACAGUGCCAUUAUCAGGAAGGUCAGGCAUCUUGGGAGAAUUAAAGAAUAAUUUCUUUACGGAUGUUGUUUGUGGGAAGAACAAAUCAGUUUUCUGUAUAACACAGUCAGGUUAUUUAUGUAACUUUAAUGAAAAAAGAUUGCUGGAGAAAUGGGCAGAACUUAGGACGACUUGCGCCAAUUGUGUAACUGCUGCCGGUGAUUAUAUAUUUAUUGGUUGUGCCAAUGGUGUUGUGAGAGUGUUUAGUGCUCAGAAUUUACAUUAUAUAGCCAAUCUACCACAUCCUCAUUAUUUAGGUGUAGAUGUUGCAUCAGCUCUUAAUCCAAGUCAAAUGGUUAGCCAGAAAACAGAUGCUAAAUAUCCUGAUACCAUUGGUAUAGUGUAUGAUGACUGGAAUAAUAAGGUUACCUGUAUUUAUAAUGAUCAUAGUAUGUAUAUUUGGGAUGUCCAUGAUGUGAAAAAAAUUGGAAAAUCAAGAAGUUUUUUGUUCCAUAGUUCUUUCAUUUACAGUAUAGAAACAAGUCCACCCAUUAUGGAAGGACAGAAACAGAUUCUUCCACCAGGAUCAUUUAUAACAUGUUCUAGUGAUGAUACAGUCAGGAUCUGGAAUCUAGACCCACAUAUGAAAGAUAUGAACAUUUAUAAAAGGAAUAUAUUUUCACAGGAACUGCUAAAAGUUAUUUAUACCGAUCCAUCAUUAAAUUACUUGAGGGAUGUAAAUUAUAAUCCAGCUGGAGGUACAGAUAAAACAGAUACAAAUUAUGAUGAUAAAAAUGGCAUUAGAUCUUUAUGUAUCAGUCCUGAUACUAAACACUUAGCCUCUGGUGACAGAAUUGGUAAUAUAAGAAUACAUGAUUUAGAAACCCUGCAAGAAAUAGCUACAAUAGAGGCCCAUGAUCAGGAAGUAUUGUGUUUGCAGUAUAGUAACUUUAAAUUAGGUCCAAAGUUGUUGGCGACCAGCAGUAGAGACCGAAUGCUUCAUGUUUUUGAUGUAGAACAGAAUUAUAAACUGUUACAGACACUAGAUGACCAUUCAUCAUCUAUAACUGCUGUCAGAUUUACACAGACAGAGAAACAAUUAAAGAUGCUCAGUUGUGGAGCAGACAAAUCAUUACUCUUCAGAAAUGCUCAAAUGGAUCCAGACCUACAGUUCAGUCUAGACCAACAUCUUGUUGGUAAAACUACAAUCUAUGAUAUGGUCAUAGACCCCACGGAAAAGUUUGCAGCUACAGCCUGUCAGGAUAGGAAUAUAAGGAUAUAUUCAAUAAAGACAUCCAAACAAAGGAAGAACUACAAAGGAACCAUAGGAGAUGAUGGCGUUCUGAUGAAGUUAUCAUUAGAUCCCUCUGGUACUUACUUUGCCACUAGUUGUACUGUUGAUAAGAGUAUAACUAUAAUUGAUUAUGCCACGGGAGAAAUCCAAGCCUCUAUGAUCGGACAUGCAGAGUUUAUCACCAGUAUUAAGUUCACCAAUAAUCUCAAACAUCUGAUAUCUGUAUCAGCUGAUGGGUGUAUAUUUGUUUGGAGAUUACCGCCAGAGAUGACGAACAUGAUGCAAAACAGAUUACAAGACCUUGGUAAUAUGUAUCAGGAGGCUGAAGUAGCAACUAACAAUAACAAUAAUGAAACUUCUAAAACAAGCAUACCUGUGCCAGUAGAAUCAGAGUUUAAAACACCAAGUAAGAUAUUAGCUGAGCUGAAUGAAUACAACCAAAAGCAGCAGCAGCAGCCUACUAAACAACAUUCAGAACAACAGAAAGCUAAAGCUCCAUUAGACUACAGAUUUAGUAUCGGACAACUACCUAAAUGGGCGAAAAAUAAGUUUGGAAAUGAGAAAUCCAAAAGUCCUGAGCACACAUCUGGUCAGCCAAAAGGAAAAUGGGCUGAGAGAUCAGAACAGAAAACUAUACUAGCACAGAUUGAUGGAAAGAAGGUGGAAAUUAAUACAAAAAUUGACCGGAACAUACGGAAAUUACCUGCAGGAGAUGAUGAAGAAGAUGAUAUCCCCAACAUUAGGAGGGAGACGAUGGUUAUGCCACAUCCGGAAAAUACCCCAAGGAAAAUACCAGUUAUAUUUGAUGAUGAAAGCAACCAAGGUGAAGAUGAUGAAGAUUUUUUCCCAUCAUUCCACAGAGAAGAUGAAAGUCAUACUACAUGGGAUGAGACAGCCAUUCAGAGAAGUGACAGUAUGGAUGAACUACAAGAAGGCGAUGUUAUAUAUCUGCCUAGUGAAGAUUCAUCCAGUAAUAAUGAAAGUGCUUUCACAAUAUUUCCUGGCUUAGGAGAGAAUAGGAGACGUAGUUUGACCAACAAGAGUCAAGAUGCAGAAUCAGACCUGACAGAUCCUGUAUCAUUAGAAGACAUUGAAAAUGAAAAUGAUAAUGAUUCUUUUCCAUCAAAUCCAGUUACACCUUCAGAUGAAGGAUACCAGAAAACACAGAACAGGGAAAAAUUCCUGCAGGAUACAUUUGAAAAUUUGGCAUUUUCCCCCAUCCCAAAGGACAGAUUUGAGAGAAGUUUGGAAGACUUGGAGAAACAGACUGGCUGUCAGCCAGAUCUCAGAAUGAGCCUAUCUGCAAGAUUUCAGUCUAAAAAUCCAAGGAAUAUGGCAGUACAACAGAAGUCAGACAAUUGGUAUGAUCACAUGUUAUCUGAACUGAAAGCAUUUAAGGAAACCUUUCAGAUAAAAAGGCCAAAGUCUUUUCAAAGAAGAAAGUCUGAAAUGGCUCGUACUGUUGAUGAAACCAGGAAGAAAAUUGAAGCUAUGGCAUGGAAGGAUGAUAGUCCAGAAUCAGAACAGGUAGAGAGUGCCCUGUCAUCACCAUGUCAUGAUACAAAAGUGACGAAUAGCUUCUUGCCAAAGGAAGAGGACAUUCAUAAACGCCCAAGAACACCAAACACUUUACGCAUGAGCUGGUCAAACUUUGACUUGCCAAAGCAACCAAUCAUAGAAGAGAAAAUGCCUCCAUUCAAAAGUAGAUCCACGCCUAGCACGCCUAUCAGAAAAAGCAUUGGGUCUCCAGCUUGGGAUAGAGAUUCAGAAACUGGAAGUGAAACGUCCAGUUCUGGACGAAGCACUAAAUCUGAUAAGAAGUCUUCAAGACCAUCUACCCUACGCUUAGGAAGAUCAGAAAGCUCUAAAACAUUGAAUGAAACUCCUAAACGAGAACUAAGAUCUCAGUCACAGAGUGGUGCUCAUCGUUACAUGAAAAAAACAGAAAGUUCAAAAGCCAAAAUAACCAAAACACCAUCUUCUUCAAAUAUAUUAAAUACUCCCAAAAGUAGCGAAUUAUCUGAUAGUUCAGACACUUCAAAAUCAAAGGGACCAGUUGCCAAAAGGAGGAGUAAUUUUAUAAAGAAAAAAGGAUUUCAUGCGUCAUCGCCUAAUUUGAUGGACAUAGAUGUGGAAUCAAGGGGGAAUAAGUCAAAUCUAUUGUCGUCUGCUCGUCUAAAUUUAUCUAGUAGCACACCUGAUUUGUUAGAUAUAGACACGCCACCUUCGAGAUACUCUACAGGUACACCUAAACGACCUCCAAGGUCGUCCUCAUCCUCUCGCGGGGAAGGCAGUGUGUUAAGAGGUAGCGGCAGGUUGUCAUUGCCUGCUAAUCCACCGAAAGAUUCUGCAAAAUCAAAAUUUUCGAAAAAUGAUAAAGACCUGAUGCCACCUCCUCAAAAUUUGCCAUCCAAAUUAAAACAAGAACAAGCUAAAAAUGCAAAACAGGACAUUUUCUUAAAAAGGGCUACCAUGGCAAAGAGGCAGAAUUCUAAUGAUUUGACUUUAGACCAGGCUAAAAGUAUACUCAUGGGCAAGUCUGGUAUUUUGGAAGAUAAAAAAUCAAAAGAAACUACUGUGACUGUUGACAAAGUUCCAGUGAAUCAUUCUAACUCUUCAUUCCCCUUACAUUCCAGUUCUCCAACAUAUCCAGAAUUUUCGUCAAACCAGGAUCAUUUAAGUGAUCCCAAAUUAGUGGGUAUUGCUACUGAAAUAGAGACAACAGUGUCAGAAUUAAGGAGAAAGAGUAUUAUUGACCAAGCCUUUCAGAAGUUAACUGAUUUAGAUGCUAGUCCUUAUGAUAUUCCGGAAAGGGAUAGUUCACCAAGACAAGUGAAAUUUAAUAAUUCCACUGAUUCUCAUGACAAUAUUCCUUCUAAUUCUUCAUCCCAUUCCAAAGACAAUAGUGCUAUAAAUUCAUCCAAAGAUUCCAAUACAGGACUAUCUGAGGAGGACAUUUCUUUAGGUGUACGUGAACGUAUUGCCAUGUUAAAUGCUCAUUCUUCUCCUCGCUCUGAUGGUUCAUCUCCAAGAUGUUCUAGUCCACGGAUAACAAGUUCUACCAAAAUAAACCUCAAUUCUUCUACAAAACAUCAAACAAAAGUAGUAUCUAACAGUCAUUCAAACCCAACAAAUUUGAGUCAGCCAGCAGGCUUAAAUCUGAGUCCUCCUAACUCAUCAGGAAUUGGUUCAAGUCUAGAUUCUGACACAGCAGCAAAGAUGUUUUCAUCAAGUGAAGCCCUUAGUCCACCUAGUUGUAAUGAUGAGAUCUCAGAUAAAACAGAAUCAACAACAACUACCAUAUCAGAGAAAUCCAUUGAUCUUGUAGAAAUUUUGAAAAAGGUUCAAGUUUUAGAAAAAAGAGUAACAUUUUUAGAAGAGGAAGGAGAAAAGAAAAAUGAAAGGAUAGGUCACCUAGAAGCUCAGAUCAGACAGUUUAUAGAUAAUUGACAUUGAAACUAGAAAUUUAACCUUUGAGGAUGUAACUGUCUAAAAUCAGCACUGAUUAUGGUAUCCAUGGAAGAGAAAAAUGCCAAGAGAUUUAUCAUUUAAUUUAUAACUAUUUUUUUACAGGGAACACUUGUUAUCACAAACAAAGACAAAAAUUUUGUAAUUCUGGGCAUUGAUUGGUCGAAAGACCUUCAUUUACCUAGUCCAGAAAACAUUAUAAUAGUCCUUUCCCAAAAUUGGGGUAAUUGGUUAAUAACCACAGUGGAAGGAUCCAUAGGAAAUUGUAUGGCAUUGAAUUUCAAUUGAUUGUUUUGUAAUGUUCUCUAAACUGAAACAAAAAUUCCUUAACAAACAGAACAAGAAAUCUUUAUAUUAGCCUAAUUAGCUAAUUCUGUUUCAGUCUACAUGAGUCUGUUUUUAAAAUGUUGUUGAAUUUACUUUUUAUUCGACAACCAUUAUUCAAUUUUCAGUUCAGUUUCUGAAGGUUGCUAAAACUUAAAAUUUACCCAAAGUGCUUGAUUUAAUACAGUGUUGUAUUGAAAUGAUAGUUAUUGAGUACUGCUUGAGCCCUCAAAAUUUCAGAAAACUUUGUUUUAUCUUUAAACUAAUUUGUAUGCAAAAUAUACUAACAGAAGUUAUGUUCCUAUCAAGAAAAAAUAAGAACAAGUUCACAGCAAUUUAUUUUCACUUGACUUUUCGUCUUUAGAUAAGGUAAAAAUAGAUUUGAUUGUGAAUAACUUUUAUGAAAUAAAUGAAAGACUUCAGAACACAAAUGAGGGUCUGGAAUGGAGGGGGUGGUCUUCAUAUCUCUAUUCUGUAAUUGUAAGGCAACUUUAUUUAUUUAUUUGUGGGCCCUUUAUUCUCUAUUCUGCAAACCCUAUUCAGACCCUCACAAAUACUCUUAUUCUUAUCCUAAGUAAUUGGAGUUAGCAGACAUUUUCUCUGAUCUAGUUUCAUUACAAUUCCAGUGUGAAAUUUUACUAGGAUAAGUGGAAAGCUCACACGUUUUACCAGGAAAGCUGGUAGUUUCCAGCUUUUUCAUCUCUUAUUUGACCAUUGUCUUUAUAUUUUCCUAUAUGUGCCAAAUAAUUUUUGCUUGAUACAAUUUUUAUUGAUUGCACAAACGACAUUCCAGAGAUUAAUGGCAACUACAGAUUAUUUUUGUUUGCGAUGUGUACCAGUGAAUUUUUUUUGUAACAUUAAUACAUAAAAUGCCCUUAAUCAAUUGUUUAUUGCACAUCUUUUGCAUAUUUUUGUAAAUAAUGGGAAUUUUAUGAGAUUAUGAUGUAUAUUUUAUCGAUUUUUGUCUUGCCAAUCAUUGUAGUGGGGAAGUAGAUCUGUUCGAGUAUUUCAUGCUUUCAUCUCUUUGAGACAGAUAACAUAGGGCCACAUCAGAUAGAGAAUUAUUAAUCAUUAGAUUUUUGAAACACUAAGUUUUGAAAGAAAUAUUUUAUAUAUAAUUACAGUAAAAAAACUUGAGAAGGCCAGUGGCCAAAACUUCUUAAGAAUGGUUUAAUUACUACAAUAAUGUAAUAUGUGUUCCCUAUUGGAAUUUUGAAACAAGAAAUAUUUUUGUAAAAAAGGAUUUUCCCAGUAUCCAGUGCACAAGUCCUAUCAUUCUACCACAAUUGGUGCUGGUUUUGAAAAUUUUAAAGAAAAUGACCUAGCUGCUUGCACAUAUAUGGUGCCUAACUUAAAAAUUC